GUCCUCUCUCUCUCUCUCUCUUCUCCUCACUCCUCUCUGCCUCCACCACUGUCAUUUUGAAGUCUGAGCUCCAUGUGGCUACUUCAACCCGGCACUACUAGAGGAAAAGAGGGAUAAUAAAAGGAUCACAGGAACAGGAACAGCGCGACAUAAGAACCACAUGGACAGGACAUUUAGUACCCUGGAUGUGAGAUGAGAGGCGGUCUUGAAUAAGGAGGAAAAAAGACGCGGUUAACAAAAAAAAAAAUCAUCUACCGACUGAAAUUUCAGCGCGUCGCCGGCCGCUUCUGGGAAGAAACUAAAAAAAAAAGGAGCGCAAGGAAAUUGUUACCGUGUGAUGCCCACACGCUAAAAUGACCACUGAUCAGGAUCUGACUAUGGAGGGCCAUCCAGCCACGGCCGUGUUUGCUGCAAAGGGCAUUGAUGUAACACCUAGUAAAGACCAAGGAGUUAUCAAGGUUGUGAAGCGUCCGGGGCUCGAUGGAGAGUGGCCGAUGAUUGGGGACAGAGUGACCGUCCACUACACUGGGAGGCUGCUCACUGGGAAGAAGUUUGACUGCAGUCGGGAUCGCAAAGAAUCUUUUUGCUUCAAUGUGGGCAAAGGACAAGUCCUCAAGGCCUGGGAUAUCGGUGUGUUGUCCAUGCAGAGGGGUGAGGUGUGCACGUUGCUGUGUAAACCCGAGUACGCUUAUGGAUCUGCUGGAAAUCCCGACAAAAUUCCUCCCAACGCUUCAGUAGUGUUUGAGAUGGAGCUGCUCAAGUUUGAAGGAGAGAUUCUCACAGACGAUUCCGGCGUCGUAAGAAGAAUAAAGGUGAAAGGUGACGGUUACACUAAUCCCAACGAUGGAGCAAGUGUUGAAGUGCACCUGGAGGGAAGGUGUGGUGGUCGGCUGUUUGACAGCAGGGACGUCAGCUUCAUUGUCGGUGAGGCUGAAGAUAAAGGCGUUCCUCUCGGAGUGGACCGAGCCAUGGACAAGAUGCAGAAGGGAGAGUGCUGUCUACUUUACUUAAAGCCAAAGUAUGGCUUUGGAAGCGAAGGUAAACCGGAGUACAAAAUUGGACCAGAUAAAGACAUAAUAUACGAAGUUACCCUCAAUGGCUUUCAAAGGGCUAAAGAAUCCUGGGAAAUGGACUUGCCUGAGAAGCUGGAUUCGGCUGCUGCAGUGAAGCAUAAAGGGAAUCAGUAUUUUAAGGCAGGGCGGUACUACCAGGCAGUCAUCCAGUACCAGCGCAUCGUCUCCUGGCUAGAGAUGGAGUGUGGUACUGGGAUCGAGCAGCAGAAGAGGAUACAGUCUUUCAUGUCGACGUCACACCUCAACUUAGCGCUGUGUUUCCUGCGGAUUAAAGAGUUCUCACAAGUAGUGGAGAACUGCAACAAGGUGAUUGAGCUCGAUGAGAACAAUGAGAAGGCUCUGUAUCGCCGCGGGGAAGCCCGUCUCCUUCGUAAUGACUUCAGCCUGGCCAUGGAAGACUUUCAGCACGUGCUGCAAGUCAACCCUGCAAAUCAAGCGGCUCGUGCUCAGAUUUUCAUCUGCCAGAGCAAGAUUAAGGAACAUCAUGAACAGGACAAGAAGACCUACGCCAACAUGUUCCAGAUAUUUGCAGAACGGGACGCCAAGAUUGGGAAGACGAAGAGGAGGCGGGAUGACAGCCUGAGGAGCGGCAUGAACGGUGAAGUGGGCAUCAAACGACGGCGGAGGAGUCAGGACUGUCCAUCGUAAGAGAGACGUUUGAAAGGGAGAAAAAAGAAAGACAUGCCUUCCUUUGCUUUCCAAACCCAGGGAGCAGAGGCAGGAACGAAGUCGUAUAAAAGCCUCUAAUCCAAACUUCUUUAUCCCAAAAUCCAACAUUACCAUUCCUGCAUAUCAAGCAGAGUGUAAGCAGGGACGUUUGCAAGCCAAACAGCAUUUCCCCAGUCACAUGGACUGUGCGACUGCCAGGGACGUACCUCCCAGUGGAAUUAGUACUGCAGAAUCAAUCUAGACCCCACCUUUUAUUUUGAAAAGAUAUUGUUUAUUUCUU